AUGGAAUGCUUGAACGCGAUAAAGGUUAGGAGUCGGUCUUUUAUCAGAUGCUAUAGAGUUCUAGCUAUAGAAUCUUCGUGCGACGACGCUUGCGUGACACUUCUUGAUCGAUUUUCCAUGCGCGAGUCUCCAAGAGUGGUGGAUGAACUUAAAAAAACGUUAGAUUCAACUAGCAGAGGUGGAGUAGUACCGGCAGAAGCCGCUAGGCAUAACAGCAAGAACAUCUCAGUGUUAGCAAAUGAGGCCAUUGCGAGAAAUGGCUGGAAUGCUCCGGAUACCAGACCCGAUCUAGUAUGUGCUACUAGAGGUCCUGGCAUGUUAGGUUCACUAUCUGCUGGAUAUCAGCUUGCACUAGGCCUGGCAGUUGCAUGGCAGGUACCGAUAGUGGGUGUUAAUCAUAUGCUUGGACACUUACUUAUGGCUAGGCUGUCGACCAAUGGGAAUCAUCCUUCCUUUCCAUUUCUCAGCCUUUUAGUUAGUGGGGGUCAUACUAUAUGUGUAUUGAGCCAUUCGCUCACAGAGCAUGAGAUCCUAGUUAAUACAGUUGAUAUAGCAGCUGGGGAUGCCCUAGAUAAAUGCGGACGUGAGUUGGGAUUUAAGGGAAAUAUGAUCGGUAAGGAGAUGGAUAAGUUUCUUGAUGAUCAUAGGGAAGAAUGGGGUCAACCUGCAGAACUCGAAUUGAAGGAACCGAUGUUGAAUGAGAGCCAUAGAAAAGAUGUGAUGUCAUACUCUUUUGCCUCGUUCAUUUCUCAGCUUAGACGUUCGAUUAACAAAUAUCAUGGCGGGAAUAUACCUGAAGAUGAUGCAACUCGUGCUAGAAUGGCCUACCAAUUAGAAACUGCCAUCUUUCAACAUAUGAUCACCAAGAUUAAGCUAGCUAUAAGGAAAAGAGGCCUCUCUAUUGAUGAGUUUGUGUGCUCGGGUGGUGUUGCAUCCAACCUAAUGCUAAGACGAAUGCUCAAGAAACAGUUGAAACCUUUAGGGAUUACCAGAUUCUACUUCCCGGAUCCUCAGCAUUGUACCGAUAAUGCCACCAUGAUAGGAUGGACAGGCAUAGAAUUGUACGAAAAGGGUUACACAACCGACCUCUGCACUACCAUAACACGUAAAUGGCCUAUAGACGAGUUACUGGAUUUGUAUGGGUGGGUCAAGAAACAGCCUGAAAAAUGA